AUGUGUCUUACGUACUUGGAAAACACAAACGGCAAGGAUUGGCAGUUGGCGAAGGCGACGGGGAUAACGCUAAAGCCGCUGGACGACGGCGCCGCUGCUGAGAUUGAUAUGCUUAAGUGGAGUAACCUACUGACUGAUUUGGGUGUCUGGGACGUGAACGGCAACUUCUAUAUAUUGCUUGCUGGCGUGGGGCUUAUUAAUGAUAAGAAGGGUGAAAACGGACAGAAUGGGACGGCUAACGGUGCCAUUUCAGCUCCCAGCCCGACGAAACGUGAUUCGGAUGGACCUUCUUACGAACUCACCUCUUAUAACCAUACAGAGAUGAUCUAUAGGGAUAUUGUGCCGCCACAGGCACACACGAAAUGUGUGAGUUUUGAGUGGUUGAAUAUUGAAAAGCCUCAGAUCGUGAAUAAACUGGCGACGCUUGCUGGUGAAGAUGGCUCUGGGUAUGCUAAUUAUUCAUAUGGUGUAACGCAGCACCAUCCGCCUGGAACCAGCCAUCCAAUUCCUACAAAACAAGCAUGCGUGGCUGUGCGUCAAAAUGGACUUUUGAAUUUGUAUUAUCAAGGCGAACAUAAGGUGGAGUACCAUAAGUUGUCGUAUAAUCUUGCUCCAGACGGACGCGAGGGCAGCUGUACUUUCACGAAAGCUGCAAUUGGGUUCAAUAACGAUAAGAAAAUUGUUAUUGUGGCGUACGAUGCUCGUUCGGACCUUAUCCUCACGUAUGUGGUCAGCAUAGAUUGGGGCUUUUUGGUGGAUUCUGCUCAGAGACAAAGAGCUGAUCCCCAUUACCAUACGCCUAAGGAUGGCCAGAACCAGCCGCUGAUAUCGUGCUCUUUGGUGCACGAGAUGCGCCCAGAGCCUACGGCUUCUAUUGAUUACGGCGACGAAAAAGCAUUUGGACGCCCUGAAGUGGUCCAACAGACACUUAAGCUGAUUGAGCUUUUCUCCCCAUUCUUCCAACAAGGCUCGUCCUUGGAAAUCCUCGUCACCUACGAAUGCAUGAACCCGGUGGGAAGCCAGCCUUUCACUCUGGCCUACAGGUACAAUCUAGAGAAUGCCAUGGACAGCGUGGGUGAUCUCUUCGACAGUAUGGGCGAUGGAGCUUCCAAUAGCGAUUCUCGUGAAGGUCUUUUGAGGCUUGUGUUACAGGGCCAUAUAAGUCUUUCCAAGCAAGUUCAGCAAAUUGAAACAGCAAUUUCUGAGAGUUUGCUUCUUUUCAUAUACACUGAUGGGUCAAUUGACGCCGUUAACAGAGAAACAUGGGAAAUUAUCCCCAAUCCAGGCUUAAAGAUCGAAGGUCAGGAUUCUUCAGCUACAUUUCCUCCUACUAUAUCAUCGCUACUAGACUGUGGCUUCCUGUUCCCCGAGCUUGGUGCCAAUCCUGCUUUACUUGCAGUUUCGCCCAACAUGGCUGCUUUUGUUCACCAUGCCGAUGGACAGCUACAAUUCAAGUCGCUUGAACGCUUGAAUGGCAAGGAGAAUAUUCUGCUUUGUGGAAUUGGCUUUGCAUACAUGCAUGCAUGUGCCUGUUACUCGACAACUUCUUCCGAUGAUCUUUUGGUUAUGCUUCGAAACGAGCUUCUGAAAACUGAAUUGGAGCUGCCUGAGCUUGCAUCUAAACUAGUUGAUUUGGUUAUGACAGAAUCCCACAAAGCCAUCAACUUCCAGCUCAACUCGUUUGGCAAAGAGUCUGUUGAUAAGCUUCUAUCGAACCCUCCUCUUCAAAGACUCUUAUCGCUUCAGUUGGUGCUAGGCGAACUUCACUCAGAUAAUAGAGCUAUCAAGGAUAUGGCAUGGAUUGUUCUCAACUUGAGAUCUACCAGUUUUGGCAUCAUGUUCUCUUUAUCUAGCAUCUACAGACAGAUGUCAAAGAAAAAGCCAGCUGAGGAUCUCUUACAGGAUUCUGUGAGCAGAGCUGAAUGCAUUAUGCUGUUGGUUGGAAACGUCCGUUGGCUCAUUGACUUGAUUGUCUACUUCAACCAAGAGCUUCUUCAAUUGGCAUUUUCGAGAAACCGUCCUAGUCAGUCUAAAGUCACGGUGGAUAACUCAGUGGUGCUUCCUGUGAUUCUUGGAAAGGUUCCACGUUUGUUCUUGAUGUACUCGCUUUCUUCGAUUGGAAAGACGCAUGAAAUCUUGAAGAAGCUCUACAAGGAACUCACCGAGAGCAACAAGCUCUACACUCCAAUGAAGGAAGCACUUAACAGAUUCUUUACUGCUUGCAACUCGCUGCCUUUGAACUUGGGUCUUUUUGAAAACUUCCUUCGUGAAUGUGAAGUGUACGUGAAUAAAGAGCUCAACAAUGUGGUAUCCAACGACCGUGCUCAGCUGCUUCGUUUGGAGCAACAGCUCUUCUGUCGUGGACACGUUCCUGACGAGGUCAAGUACAUGGCAAAUGUGUUGAUUGACCGCCACGCCGCUACAAUCAGCAGGGACUUGAAGCUUUCAGAUUUGUACUUCUACGAAAACAACUGGAUUGAUGUUGGUAUUGCAAGAAAGGAGUUCACCAAACCUUACAUACCUACUGACGACGAGUACAAGCCGAUGGUUCCUCGUCUUCGGUAUUCAGAUAACGAGGUGGUUGACGCAUUGCGUAAGAUCAUCAUCAAUGCUGGUCCUACGGUUGUAUCGGGAGGCGCCUCGGCCAUGGGUGUCGAGCAGUUUCGUUAG